AUGGCCCGCCACCCUUCGCCGCUAAUCUCGCUGCCCGCAGAGCUGCAGAUCAAGGUCGUGGAGGAGCUGUACGAGGACCCGCCGUGCCCGUACGAGGACCCGCUCGCCAAAGAUGCUUUCCUUGAGCAUGUCAAGGCCGUUCGCCUCACCUGCAAGGCGCUGAAAGCUGCCGCUACCGACAUCUUCCUGAAGACGUGGUUCUCUCACCGCUCCAUUGUCUUGGAGCGCAAGAGCCUGCUCAACUUCUACCAGAUCGCCACCACCUCGCCUUUCAACAGGCGCAUUGUGCAGCUCGAUGUCGCCGUCUACGAAUUCCGCCCGGAGCUUGCCCAGGACUUUACCGUCUUCCUUGCCCGCAUGGAGAAGGAGGCCCGCGACGAGAGCUGCUUCCUCCGCCACGACCGCGUCAAGGAGCAUUUCUUGGGCGAUGCUGAACGUGCUUCAGACUGGCCCAACGCGAGGGCUGCCUACGCUGCCUACAAGAAUCACGUCGACAACCAGGCUGAGCUUUACGAUCGCUUCGCCCACGUUCGCCUGCUGGCGCGCUCGCUCAAGGCUUUCAGUGGUCUCGGAAGCUUACGCACCAUCAGCGUCAAUGGCGCACAGUCUCCCCUCACCGGCGCCUGGACCAGCGGAAUUCUCCAAGAAUGUGGCAUAUCUCUUCUCCACAAGGAGAAAAUCGCCCUUCACCCCGCCACUCUGGGAACCGUCAUCCGCGCCAUGGCCUGUAGCGAGGUGGAGCUUUGCACACUAGUGACUGCUGGUUUGAACGUCAGUGCCUUGCAACUGCCACCCCCUCAGCGUCGCCGCUUCAGCAAAGUCGGUCUCAGCCACCUCCACAACCUCAGUCUCCGCUUAUUGGACCCCAAGCUUUUCCCUUCGGAGUCAAGCUCCGCGCUUUUUCGCUCUGGCCUGCUUGCUCGUUUCAUCCAACACGCCCGGAACCUAGCGAAUCUGAGCAUCGAGUUCUACAACCAGCCUUACGACGUGCCCCUCGCCAAACUUCUCGGACGCCGUAUUGAGAAGCUCGAGUCCCUAUCCCUUGGUGGCCUGGCCUACCAUGCCCAAGAUCUCAUUGAGUGGCUCACGGAAAAUAGCUCGAAGCUCGAACAUCUACAACUCGACUACUCCUCGCUCAUCUCCGGCACGUGGCGUGAGGUCUUCCGAAAGAUGCGGAGCAAUCUUGACCUGAAGUCCGUCUACUUCCACUUCCUAGCGGACGACGAGGAGUCGAUCCACAUCACUGGCGAGAAUGUGAACGAUUUCAUCUUGAAGAAGUCUUCAAAGGUGGACUGGGACACGAUGGAAAGCAAGGCGCUGCCCCAGAACGUGGGCGAUCUAGCAGGCCUUUUCUCCGUUGUUGUGAACAGCCAACCCACGCACCACCAUCACCACCACCACAACCAUAACCAUCAGCACCAUCACAACCAUCAGCACGGACAGAAUGGCGCGGAUCAUGCUCCAGAGGGCAAUGGACACAGCCCUAACGAAGCACACGAGGCUCCAGUCACCGCAGGUCCGGCUCCGCCCCCGGGCCACCCAUCAGGCGCUCAGGUUGAGACACAAGCCAACAACUCCGCGCCCGGAACCACCUCCUCGCAAAGCGAAACUACUGGUCCCGCUGUUGGGGCUCCUGGAAAUGCUGGUGGCAUCACGAACGGCACCUUGUCUUUGCCGAUGCCCCCGCCUCAGGUGAUAAGCGCCAUGCAAGAUCUCUUCCAGAGCGCCCUCGGGGUCUCUCUGGAUUUCCUGGAUGACUUUGACGACGGUGACGAAGAUGAUUUGUCGGACUCUUUCGAUGAUGACGAUAACGAAGAGUUCGACGACGAGGAAGCGUCUGACGAUGACUCUGAGACUGAAGGUGACGAGGAUAGUGACAUCAUUGAUGAGCAAGAUGAAGACGGCUACAUGACAGACGACUCCGAGGCUGAUGCUCUUGUCGAUAAAAUCACCAGCGAGCUAUAA